AUUGGGGUGCCAGUGGCACUAGCAAGCUUCUGGGUGUUUUUUUCCUGCAGGAGGUGGUGACCCCUUUAAGGGACUAACAAGAAUGCCGUCAAUGACUGACCAACAAGCUGAAGCCCGUGCCUUCCUCAGCGAGGAGAUGAUUGCUGAGUUCAAGGCCGCCUUUGACAUGUUUGACGCGGAUGGCGGCGGUGACAUCAGCACCAAGGAGUUGGGGACAGUGAUGAGGAUGCUGGGCCAGAACCCCACCAAGGAGGAGCUGGAUGCCAUCAUAGAGGAGGUGGAUGAGGAUGGCAGUGGCACCAUCGACUUUGAGGAGUUCCUGGUGAUGAUGGUGCGCCAGAUGAAAGAGGAUGCAAAAGGCAAGUCUGAGGAGGAGUUGGCCAACUGCUUCCGCAUCUUUGACAGGAAUGCAGAUGGGUUCAUUGACAUCGAAGAGCUGGGUGAGAUCCUGAGGGCCACUGGGGAGCCUGUCACCGAUGAGGACAUAGAGGACAUGAUGAAGGACUCGGAUAAGAACAACGAUGGCCGGAUCGACUUUGAUGAAUUCCUGAAGAUGAUGGAGGGUGUGCAGUAAGCAACAAGACAUUCCUCGGGCCAGCUGCUGCAUCCAACCCUGCUCCACCACCACCUGGGGAGAAGCAGCUCUGCAGCAUCUGGCCCUGCCCACCCAUGCUGGCUGAGACCCUGCCCUGUGCCAGGGCUCUGGUCUUGGCCUGCCGCUGUUGGCCAAGCUUUUCCCCUGGUCCAUCACAUGUGGUUUCGAUCUGAGCCUCAAUAAAAG